UCUAACAAAAGUGUUUCUCACACACAUGCGGUGUGUAUAUUCCCGUGAUACGUAAAUCCAUAAGCAACUAUACGCAGUGCGUAGUGAUACGCAAAUCAGUUGGCACCAUAGCAGCAUUCCGAAACGACGCACGUUAGUUCCGAUUCACCUUUGGCCGGAUUAAGACUGAUGACAUCGAUGGCCUGAUGCGUUGAUCGGGCCGAUCGAACUUCCAUCAAUCACAAAAUGGUGAUGCUCCUGCACCUUAAAUGCAUCCUCAUGUUCUUCGUGAUCAAGACUGCGAGUUCUACUCAUUCUCCAAGUUAUCGAAAGUGUUGUGACAGCGAAAGCAUUUUGAAUGACUGGCUCGAGUGUACUAAGGUGCUUCAUAACGAUGUUGACAAUGGAACUGUUCCGAAGGGAUGGCUUGACGUUGAAAACGAAACUAAAACGACGCACACAGUCUGCCUGGAAAAUGGUGAGGCUGGCAGAGUGGUCACCGAAGAAGAUGGUCGUGGAAAUGAUUCCGUUUGUGUGGAUAAUCUAACGAAUGGUACGCAAAUUCGAUUGUUUUGCGACUCACAAUCAGUAGUGUUCAAUGGAACUUCAGGGCAGUGUGAUAGCCUGUUCAGUCUGAUUCAUUUUUGGGGUGCAUCGAUGGUUGUCUUUGCUACGAUAAUCUACAACAUACCGUUCAUCAUAGUGGUAAUUAUUUAUUGCGUUUUGCCAGAGCUUCGUUACCGUGCUUACGACCGAGCAGUGAGUAAUUACAACGCGUGUUACAUGGUGAUUAACUUUUUACUGAUAAUACUCGGAUUGUGUACUCUUUGUCAUUCUCCAAUGUCAGUGACAGCAUAUCGAUUCUUCGGUCUGAGUCUGAUGUUCUGGACUCAAGGAGCAGUGUGUUGGCUAUUUAUUAUUUGCUUUGACAUGACACUGGUGAUAACGAGAUUCCGUUGGGCGCCAAAGGGUGGAUUGGAAAGAGGAAGAGAAGAAAAACGAAAGUGCAUGCUAUACGCUGCUUGGGGCUGGGGUUUUGCUGGCGCCCUUACUUUCAUAGCAGCCUUUUUCGAAUUCGUUCCAAUACUUUCCGAGGAUUCGAUCAUUCGCCCGAAUUUUCAUAAGAUUCAUGAAGUUAACUUGACUGUCGUCGUCUAUGUGAUGACCGGGCCGGCAUUGGUGUGCACGGCCAUUACGUGCCUCUUUAUUUACACGACUGUCAAAACCAUCGCAGUUCAGAGAUCCACUGCUGUUAUCCAGCAAAACCGCAAUUCUAAUGUGAAAAAAAAAUACUUCGUGUUUUUAAAACUCUACCUUCUCAUGGACACGCCUUGGUUGACCAGUGCACUCGCCGCCGUUUACGGAGAUCUGUGGAUCCUAAAAUUCAUCAAAAUCAUACAACCGAUUCUCAUAAUCGUAUUGAUCGUACCACGCGACAGAAUCUUCGCUGCGUUCAAGUGUACUAAGGAACAAGGCGAUAACCAAGAACAAAAUCAACUGAAUGAGAACGACAAAAUAAAUAAACGAAGCACCAAAACUCCCGAUGCAGCUGCGGUUAUAUGAUUGAACGUACGAAAAUAAAAUGCGAACUUGAAUUUUCUCUCACUGAUUUUUUUUUUCCAACAUUGGGAUAUUAAUUUGCACAAUGCCCAAAUUGUUGCCGCUCAAUUUUACUCCCCCUAUUUCUAUUACAGCGACGAUCAUUUCUUAAUUCUUGCUCUUCCAUUGUGUAACUAUCGUCGCUGUUUGAGUUUAAACUCUGCUCUGAAAAAUCUCUUGUGAGAAAAAAACUUCGAACCAUCAAAAUUCAGGAAACGUUCCUGAUUCUAUGCCUGUCACGAUAAUUAUACGGUUAUUUCGCUUCUACUUUAUUUCCAUUGUUGCGAAAUAGCGAUAUCGUAUAAGUGUGUCCGUAUGUGUAUGCGUGUGCACGUGAGAGCGAUUAAAUUACACAAAUCUCGAGUUCUUGGCACGAACGCGUAUAUUCUAAUGGAUAAAAAUAGUAUUUAAAAAAUGAAAGAUUUGAGCGUUUGAGAAUAAAAAACAAAGAUAAUUUUUAUAUGCACAGUUUUAUAUUUUGUAUAUUCCGGACGGAGAACAAGCGUUGAAAGUGUUUUCAAAAUCUCAAACACUUAAAUAUGUAAUAAAAUUCGUUAUUU